GUGAAGCAGCUGGGUGCAGCCGCAGUAAACAUGGCGAUUUUCAGUGUCUAUGUGGUCAAUAAAGCUGGCGGCCUGAUCUACCAGUACGACAGCUACACUCCGCGGGCAGAGGCCGAGAAAACCUUCAGCUUCCCGCUGGACAUCGUGCUCAAAGCGCACGACGAGCGGAUCCUCGUCUCCUUCGGCCAGCGAGACGGUAUCCGGGUGGGGCAUGCCGUGCUCUCUAUUAACGGCGUGGAUCUGAACGGGAGGUGCACCGCGGACGGGAAAGACGUGAUCGAGUACCUGAAAGACCCCGUCAACUACCCGGUGUCCAUCCGCUUCGGCCGCCCACGCCUCUCCUCCAACGAGAAGCUGAUGCUGGCUUCGAUGUUCCACUCGCUGUUUGCAAUCGGAUCCCAGCUGUCUCCUGAAGUGGGGAGCUCUGGUAUUGAAAUGCUGGAGACAGACACCUUCAAACUGCACUGCUACCAGACACUCACGGGUAUCAAGUUUAUUAUUCUAGCAGAUCCUCGUCAGACUGGGAUCGACUCUCUUCUCAGAAAGAUUUACGAGAUCUAUUCUGAUUUCGCUCUGAAGAACCCCUUCUACUCGCUGGAGAUGCCCAUCAGGUGUGAAUUGUUCGAUCAGAAUUUGAAAUUGGCGCUGGAAGUUGUGGAGAAAGCCGGAACUUUUGGACCAGGGUCCUGAUCUGGAAACAAGACUGGGAUUUAAAAGAACAGCUUCAUCCGAAACUUCAGACACUCAGAAAUCCGAAGGCAUUCCAAGAAAAGUCCAAUAGGCAAGCGUUUUGACUAGUGUUGUCAUCAGUGGAGUACAGUCACUAGCCUACCUGAACUACUGGUGUGAUGCCUGCUCCUGUUAUAAAGUGCGCUCUCCCUAUACUUGCUUUACUAUCCAUUCUCCACACUGGGAUCUGAACAAUGCACUGUGAGGAAUGGUCAUGCUUGGAGCAGCAUUGCUUUCAGCAGCUUCCACAUCAGGGUCUUGGCAAUGGAAAGACAUCUCCAGCGCAUUUUAUUACAGAAGUGCUAAAAAUAAACUGCUUUCUCGUACCACUGUAUACCUUAUGAUUGAGGGUUUUAAGUUACAUCCCACAGUAGCUUGUGUCCACUUCUCUCGUGUCUCAAGGGACCGCACUGUACAUAUUUCAUACAUAUAGAAAUGUGAUAUGAUACUAAUUUAAGGACAGCAUGUUCAGGGCUGCAAGUUUGGAAAUGUUUUUUUUCUGUUGUAAAUACUGUAAGAAGAAUAAACGUUCUCGCUUGAGAA